AGAAGUAUAGAACACACUUACUAAUGGUAUAUAAAAAGAAAAGGGCAAAAAGGAAGCAGAGGUAGAAGAAAAACAAUUAAUCAAACAAAAGCGUAGAAAGUACUGUUGUAAGCUGUGCCUCUCUCUCUCCCCCAUCCCCAGUGUCCGGCGACGACCCAACCACAUCCCACGCAGCAAGCAACGAGGUCAAAACACUCCUCCUCCUCCUUUAUGGCUCUCUUUAAUCUACAUUUCUGUUGUUGGUAAAGACGUGGACUUACUCUCUCUCUCUCUCUCUCUCAAGGUAUAAAGGAAACCCUUUCUCAUCAAGUUUUCAUUUUUUCGUCUUUUACCUGGUCAAGUAGGAAUAGGUGUUUGUUGUUUGAUGUCUUUAAUGUUCUAAGAUCUGAAUUUGGUAUUCUUUUUUCCGUUCUCCAUUGCAAGGACGAUGAGUUGGCUCAACUAGUUGAAGAAUUGAAAUUCUAUUUUUCCAGGUUUUAAAGGCCAACACUCCUUCCUUUUGAGAUCCCCUGAUAAACUUUCCUUUCCUUUUCUGUUGCUUUCUGUUUUUCAUCACUGUCACAGUCUCUUACUCCUAAAAAAAAAAACCCCUGAAAGUGGCAUGGGUAAAAUAGACAAGUAAAUGGGUGGUUGAGUUCAGAUUCUCAUCUUCAUUCACUUGCUCGCUCACUGACUUUGGCUCAAGUUUGCUACAUUUUUGGAGGGGAGGAUAUACUUUUGGAUAUGCCCAAUUAGAAACCAAGUUUAGUUCUAUGAUAUGAUUGGUCAGUUCAUCAAAUUUGUAAUUCGCCCUCCCAGGGCGGAUUAUAACCCAGAUCAGUAUUUAUGGGAGAAGGAUUUCACUCUUGCUGGUAGAGCAUACAAGAGACAAGACUUGGAGCUUACCAAUGCAAGGGGUCAUACCUUGCGAUGCAGCCAUUACCUGCCUUCACCUUUCCCUGAAGAUACUCCCCUUCCUUGCGUUAUAUACUGCCAUGGAAACAGCGGAUGUAGAGCAGAUGCAAAUGAGGCUGCUGUAAUUCUUCUUCCAUCAAAUAUCACUGUUUUUGCUCUUGAUUUUUCGGGUUCUGGCUUAUCUGAUGGUGAUUAUGUGAGCCUUGGUUGGCAUGAGAGAGAUGACCUCAAAGUAGUGGUCUCGUAUCUAAGAAGCAACAAACAAAUAUCAUGUAUAGGCCUGUGGGGACGAUCCAUGGGUGCAGUCACUAGCCUUCUCUAUGGAGCAGAAGACCCAUCCAUAGCUGGAAUGGUGCUGGAUAGUGCCUUUGCAAAUUUAUUUGAUCUAAUGAUGGAACUCGUUGAUGUAUACAAAAUCAGGCUUCCAAAAUUUACUGUUAAGAUGGCGGUACAGUACAUGCGAUGGGUGAUUCAGAAGAAGGCAAAAUUUGAUAUUAUGGAUCUUAACUGCCUAAAGGUAGCACCCAAAACAUUCAUUCCUGCUCUAUUUGGGCAUGCCAGUGAGGACAAAUUCAUUCAACCCUGCCAUGCCGACCUCAUCUUUAACUCCUAUGCAGGGGAUAAGAACAUGAUAAAAUUUGAUGGCGAUCACAACUCUUCUCGACCGCAGUUUUAUUAUGACUCGGUAUCCUUUUUCUUCUUCAAUGUCCUUCACCCUCCUCAAACUUCAGCUUCUUCAAAUAAGCUUGAGAGAUAUUAUGAUUUGGGUGAUUUGAAAGUCAGUGCUGGCAUGGAUGAGAGCCUCUUGUAUGAGAUAAUCACAGGCCUUCGUUCAGCCUGUACCGAUGCUGCAAGUUCUUCUGUUCGUCCUAGCAUUCCAACCACGAAAUCUGUGAGCGAACUUCUUUCUGAAGUUGCACCAUUAGCUAAUAUAGUGGGAAAACCAAAUGGCCAGAGCGAGUGUUGCUCUUAUACAAGCUCUAAUAGAGAGAGUUGGGGAAGAUGCUCCUCCCUAGGAGGCAGCGAUGAAGAAUCUCCUGCUGAAUGCAGAACUGUGGACAAUAGCCAUGAGAUGACUCUAAAGGCAUCUGCAACACCUCAAGGAAGCAUACAGCAAAAAUCCCCAGUCCCAACAAAAGAGGAAAAGAAGAACAAGAACAAGAAGAAGAAGAAGAAGAAGAAGAAGAAAGCUCUUACAGUGCCAAAGAAGCCCAAGGGUGAGAAAUUUGAAAAGCUUGAGGCCUUCAGCAAACGUCUACGCCAUUGCAUUCUAAGGAGGGUAAACCAUCAGAGGCAUCGUUCUUCAUGACAGCUGCUGUACCAUAGAAACAUGUUUAUAGUUGCAAACUCAAUUUAAUCCACCUCCAAGUUUGAAUUGUUAUAUUGUCCAUCCCCACCACUUAUAGUCAAUAGGCUUGAUUCUUUUUAUCUUGGCAAACUUAAUGGCAUGAAAAGGUCGUUCGGGAUGAAAAGGUCAUGGAUUUGGAUAAAAAUGUCAAGGAAGUCCUUGUUAUUUACCCUGGAAA